GGCGAAAAAAAUUUCUCUUAUUUUGUAUCGCAUCACAGUAUUAUUAGAACAAUAUAAGAGGCAUUUUUUCACCGUAACGAUUCAUAUGUAAAUACUGAUUACUAACAAUCAAAUGAAUUAACAACAAAUUAAACUAAACUCACUCGUGCAUUAAAAAUGCAUCGCAUUUACCACAAUUUUUGCAACAAGCUCUCUCUCUCUCUUACGAACAAAAGAAGUGCAAAUCCUCUGAAGAGAAUCUUCCUAAUGAUAAAAUCAAACAUAUACACACUCAAGUAAUAUAAAAACAUACAUCUUUUUGUUGAGUUUAUAUAAAUAAAUAAAAAAAAAUAUUGUAAAAUGUCACUGAGCGAUAAGGAAUACUAUCAAUUGACAGUGAGCAUCAGUAAAGCGUUAAGCGGCACUGAGAUGCCAUUAAAAGUGAAACAUGCAAGAGUUGCGAUUAUUGGUACAUUUCACAGUCGUGGAGCACAUUCAUUUUGGGCUGUCGCUUUGCGCCAACCGUUGCAGGAAAAUAGAAUAACAGCCUGGAAAUUUUGUUAUUUAUUACACAAAGUAUUACGUGAAGGUCAUCCGUUGUCAUGUCAACAUUCUAUGCGACACAGAGGCAUGUUAACCGAGCUUGGAAAAUUAUGGGGACAUUUAAAUGACGGAUAUGGUGUCUGCAUUCGUCAUUACACCAAGUUAUUAGUGAACAAAUUGGAGUUUCAUGACCGAAAUCCACGGAUUCCACCAAAUUUAACAAUGAAACGUGGCGAAUUGGAUGUUAUAGGUGGUGGCGACAUUAAUUUUUACUUUCAAAUGGCCGUAGAAAUGUUUGACUACUUGGAUGACAUAAUUGCAUUAGAGGCAGCAAUUUUCAGUUCCAUUACAACAUUCCAUGUGAAUUCAAUGACAUCGGCUGGUCAAUGUCGGCUGUCACCACUAAUUCCCCUAAUUCAGGACUCAAGCCAACUGUAUGAUUUCUUAGUUAGAAUCAUGUUUAAAUUGCACUCAAACCUACCGAAUGAUGUGCUAGCAGGUCAUCGUGAUCGAUUUCGGACCAUAUUCACGCAGCUCAAAUCAUUUUACAAUCAAUCACGUAAUCUGCAGUAUUUUGUUAAUUUAAUAACGGUUCCAAAGCUGCCGGAAAAUGCGCCGAACUUUUCUUCGCAAGUGGAUUUUGGAGCAUAUACACCACCAGUUGUAGUUAUUCCUGAACCGGAACCAGAGCCUCUAGUUGACAUGAGUAUGCCCACAUUAUCGCUACCAUCACAUGAUGAUUCGCCACAAGAUCCACCUACGCCUACUGUUAACUUUGAACAAUUGAUUCGUGAACGGGAUGAAUUGAUUCUACAUUUACAAACCGAAGUCGAUCGAUUGGGAAAAAAUCUAAAAGCGGCCGCACUUCAUAAACGAGAUGAGCAUGCGCAAUAUGAAGAAACGAUUGCAUCUUUAAAUUCAGAACUGAGCGAUGCCCAUGAACAAUUGACCAAUAUGAGAUUUGUUAAGGAAGAACUAGAGUUGAAGGCUCAAUCGGUGGAAAAAACUCAAGUCGAGGAAGAAAAACUAAAGGCCAGCGAAGAAAAAUUCCAAAAACUAAAAGUAAUGUAUGCUCAAAUUCGUGAUGAACACGUGAAAUUGUUACGACAACAUGGUGAUGUAAGCAAACAAUUGGCGGGACAAACAAAAGUUGCUAGCGAUGCAACGAAAGAACGUGACGACUUAAGAAUUCAACUAGAAGAAACACUUUACAAGCAAAGCAAAUUGGAGGAAAGUGUUCAGCAAAGUUCAAAUGAUGUCAAAAGCGCAAAUGAUGACUUACAGCGUCGCAUAAUACAGUUGGAAAAUGAAAAUUCAGCCUUAUCUGCCAAAUAUGAUGAUUUAAAUGCGAACAAGUCUGCUGAAGUUGCCGAACUACGCGUCUUAUUGGAUCAAUAUGAAAGUGAAUUAAAAUCACUGAAAUCUUGGUCCAGCACAAUCAGCACGGAAAAAGAAGAAUUAGAUGAAAAGCAUAAAAAUAUCAUCACGGACAAUGCAAUGUUACUAGCCAAAAUUCAAGAGCUGCAAAAUUCAGUGCCCGAACUUGAGGUAAAAUGCGACAAUUUAGCUGAAAAAGAACAACAACUUCGUGAGGCGAUCGAAGAAUUAGAAGGUGCAAAAGCGGAAUUGAUCACAAAACAAAAUGAAUUGGUGAAGGAACGUGAUAAUUUAUUGACACGUUGUGAAGAAUUUACUCAAACAAUCUAUGAAUAUGAUGUUGAGAAAAUCACAAUGGCCGGAAAAAUGGAAGAAAUGCAAAAUAAACUUGAGUUAAUAAAUUUACAAUCAAAUCGCAUGCAAAAUGUAAAAGAUACAAUUGAAUGUGAUUUGCAUGAUUUACUUCUUGAACAGGAUGAAUAUAAUGAAAAAUUAUCGCAAACCAACAACACCAUUCAUACGUUGGAAGAAGCAUUAAAAAAUUCACGAAUCAGUGGCGAUGCACGCAUUCGAGCUCUGGUUGAGACAUGCAUCAAAUCAUCAGAGAAAAUGGUGACACGAGCUGCAGCUGAAACUGAUGUUGCCGUUGCAGCUGGAACAUCGGCUUAUUUUAUGCUUUUUAGCGAAGAACUGAUGGAACUUCUCAAUGAAUUAUCAAUGGCUCAUUCCAACUACGUAUCUGAUAGUUAUAAAAAUGUCGAGGCACUUGCACGUAAAUCCAUUUUAAUGGGUCAUUUAAUGGCUACGGUUUACAUUCAAGGCAAUAACAUCUGCAAGACAUCAGCCAACAUUGAACUUGGCGAGAGAAUCAUGGAUGAGAUUAAAAAAUGGAAUUCAACAUCGUUGGAACUAUUCUCUUCAUUGAUGUCGACACACGAAUCAAAAGAAGUGCAAAAUCGCAUUGAUGAGGUAAAGAAACGAUUAGAACAAAUCUCAACAAUGAUCCACGAAUUAAGUAAACAGUCUGAGAGCGGUGAAGAUAUUGGCGAAAUUAUUGAGCGCGAACUUAGUGGGAUGGACAAAGCUAUCGAAGAAGCUGCUUCAAGAAUUGAGGAAAUGUUAUCAAAAUCAAAAGCUUCGGAUUCGGGUAUAAAAUUGGAGGUAAAUGAGAAAAUACUCGACGCCUGCACUGCACUUAUGAAGGCAAUUCGAGAACUGGUGAAAAAAUCGCGCAUACUUCAAGCUGAAAUUGUUGGAUUGGGCAAGGGAACAGCAUCAGCAACCGAAUUCUAUAAACGUAAUCAUCAAUGGACGGAAGGAUUAAUAUCAGCUGCAAAAAAUGUUGCUCAAGGUGCUAAUUUCUUGGUGACGGCUGCCAAUAAAGCUGUCAGCGGAGAGGCAAAAAAUCAUUUAGACUUAAUAGUUGUGGCUCAAGAAAUAGCGGCAUCAACGGCACAGUUAGUAAUUGCAAGCCGAGUAAAGGCGCCAAAGGAAAGUCAAAAUUUGGUAGCGCUUGCGAUGUCAUCGCGUGAUGUAACCCAAGCAACUGGUGCGGUUGUUGCCACAGCCAAAGAUUGUGGCCAACGUUUGGAAGAAUCACAAGAUCUUGAUCUAACCAAAUUAACGGUGCAUCAAGCAAAAACGCUUGAAAUGGAAAUUCAAGUAAAAGUUUUAGAAUUGGAACAAGCCCUGCAAGUAGAACGCUCUCGUCUGGCUUCAUUCCGCCGAAAAAAUUAUCAUAAUUGAAAAGCGGUUACUUCUCUUAUAGAAAAUGAAAAGAACUCAAGAGAAAAUUCCAUUUAGAUUUGAAGUGCUUUUUAAUCAAAUAAAAAGAAGCUUUAAAUGGUGAUUUUUUAUACUGUGGAAACUGUUGAGAAUAUAUGUGUAUUAUUUUAUUUAAUUAUUUCUCCCAUUUGUGGAAUAACUUUUAUACCGUCUUGAAGUAAUUGAACAGUUAA